GGCUGCCAUUCCGCGUGCUGUGAUUUUCGGCUAUCGAAUAGUUCUCCACGGAGUUACAUUUUCAAGAGGGUCCAGACUCAUCACUAGUAUGCGCACGCCCUGGUGCUGGAAAGUGCUGUUCCCCAUAGUGAUAGUCAACAAUAUCUCUGAGCCAAGGACAUCCAUGUUGGCGGCUAAUGAUAUGCCUAGUAGUAUAUCUAGUAUUGCUUCUCCAGACUGCUCGGUCUGUUUCGUUGAGUCGUAGGAUAAUCUUUCAUAAGACAAUCGUGACGUCAGGGCUCCAUCGAAGUAUAAGGACUGCUUCGUUCCCGACGAGAGGAAUACCAUCCCGCUAGUAGCCUAGUGAAGCGGUGGAGGAACUCCUUUAAGAAUAGGACAGCUCAAAGUCCCCUGAUGCGGCGCUGAGUGCCGCAGCAUUCUUCUAGCUCGCAUGGUCUGUCCGGCCCGGCACUUCCUUGGCCAGUCGCGUGCCGUGCAACAGCAUGAUCUUGUACUAUAUUGCUAUUAUCGUGACUAUAGGAAGCAUUCCUUUCACCCUGCUUGCCAUAAGCAGUACAAAUAAUCCCCUUCUGCAGAAGGUCAAGUGCAAUGCUAAGUCCGUCAACGGGGAUCACGAGGAGGUUGGUCGCCUGGUUCGCAAGUGGAAGAUGCUGAAAUGGUAUUCGAAGCUUGUCCCCAUUCUUUGGAUAUGUCGCUUGGAGUCAUGGCUCUCGUCUCAUAGUCAUGCCAUGGGACAAACCUAGUCUUGGAUAAGUACGUUUGAGUUGCUGCUAUUCAAUUUUGGACUCAUACAGGAAUAGCCGUGGAUCUUCUUGUGUUUAUAUAUCAUAGGUAGGGUCCUU